UGCUGCCUGCCGCUCUUCUUGAUUUCAAGCAUCCUAACCUCAACUUGUGACUGUGACGUUUGAUUUGUUUACGGAGAAGGUGUUUUCUUAUCUUAAGAAUCCCUGGUAUUCCCUAAAAUCUUGAAAAUGUCCAAAAGAGACUUUGGUAGUGUUGCCGAUGAUGCAGAAGGUACAAAGAGGAAAGCGUUAAAAGUUAGUGGACUGAAGAAGCACACACUGGACUCAGAUGAGGAGGAGUCUGAUGAUGAACAGUACAAUGUGCUCGAUGAAAAUGACAUCGAGGGCGAGGAAGAGGGUAUAGCUGGAAUGGAUGGGGAGACAAAACUAACACCCUUCAAUAUGAAAGAAGAGAUGGAAGAGGGACACUUUGAUCGAGAGGGGCACUAUGUGUGGAACAAAACGAAGGAAAUCUCUGACAAUUGGCUGGAUAACAUUGACUGGGUGAAGGUGCAGGAAACCAAAGCAGGAACCUCACGGAUCCGCACACUCGGGGAAGAUUCCAGCAGUGAUUCAGAGGGUGAAGGAAGUACAUCCAAGAAGUUUAACAUGACGGAUAGCUAUGAGAAAAUACUGAAAAUCAUGAAACCCGGAGAGACGGUGAAGAAGACCCUACAGAGACUCGGGAAGGACACCAAGAUCUCUUCAGCUGAGCGAUGGCGUCGCAAAAAGGCAGGAAUUGUGGAUGAAGCAUCGGGAAUUAUUACAACGUUCACAGAGCUAACAAAUAACAUUCUCACCCAAACUGGCAAUAUGAACAUCUACGAGGAGACGUAUGAAUUCAUUGAGGGACGCAUCCGGAAAGCUUCAGUACCAGCUCCGGAUGAUGCUCUCGAUAUGUAUGCAGAUGAUUUUGAUGCAAAAGAAAAGAGCAAAUUGGGUGGUGCAAAUGUCACCGAACAACCCACAGAGAAUAAAGAUGACAAAGCUGAAGAAGAGGAACAUCCCAAACUAAUGUGGGAAUUUAAGUGGACACAGAAUGAUACAGAACUCCAGGGGCCAUACACAACUGAGCAAAUGCACAAAAUGAGUGUUGAUGGACGCUUCAAGAGUGGAGUUUUUGUGAAGAAAAUCGGUGAGGGUGAAGGCAAUUUCUACAGUUCAAAUCGCAUUGAUUUCGAUCUCUACCUCUAAAUUUGUUAAUGUUGAUGAGUUUUAAAGUAAACCUACCUACUCCUGAAAUAUUCAUUAAAAUAAAUUGAUGGUUAACAUUAAUAAAUAUACAAUACACUUAA